AUGCACAAUGCCAUCCCAACUGCUGCUACUUUACAUCACAGAAAAGUACUUGACUCGGCUGCAUGUUCCAUGUGCUCUAAUGCUUGGGAAUCCAUAGGGCAUGCUCUAUUCACUUGCUCACAUGCCAAAUCGACAUGGAAACACUUGGGUUUCUCUAUGGACUUCAGGAAAGCACAAAUCAUGCAUGAUGGUGAUUUUAUUUUUCACCUCUCCACUAUACACUCACAACCAGAUUUUGAGCUUAUCAUUUGCACUAUGUGGGCAAUAUGGUCGCAUCGAAAUAAAGUGCUACAUGGAGGAGUUUUUAAAGAAGGGCAGAUUACAGCAAGAUUUGCCAAAGACUACCUAGGGAAGUAUCAUGCUUCUACAACGCAAGCCCAUACAACACCAGCUGUAACAAGUGUUUCACCUACUGCUGCACACACCAGUAAAAAACCAGCAAGCAGAGACACUCCAUGGCAGCCCCCUCCUGCAUCAGGCUUGAAGCUGAAUGUUGAUGCAGCCGUCAAUGCUACCUCGAAAACCUUGGGAGUAGGUGCCAUUGUACGGGAUCAUAAAGGCCUUGUUGUUGCUGCCAUCUCAAAGCCUGUCCAAGGGUGCUUCCGUUCCGAUGAAAUGGAAGCUAAAGCUCUAUUUCAUAGUCUCAAUUGGGCAAUCCAGCAGCAGCUACAAGUCACACAUAUUGAGACCGAUGCGCUAAGAGUCUUUAAUGCUUUAAUUCAUACAUCUACAGAUUUAUCUUGUUUUUCAGAUUUAAUAAUAGAUGUUCGUUGUCUUUUGUCCUUUUUCCCUGAAGCUACUAUUUCUCAUGCGAUGAGAAAUGCUAAUCAUGCCGCUCAUGGUUUAGCAAAGCAUGCUUUAGAGUUGGACCAAGACAUUUGUUGGGUAGGAGAAAUUCCCUAUCCCAUUUUCACUACUGUUGUAAAUGAUUGUUAA